AAGAAAUAUUCCUCAAGAGAAGCCUGGAUUAGACUUGGUCCUCACAGGGAGAUUGAGAUGGAAUGGAGGAAUUAGAGAAAGAUGUGUUACCUGUAUGAAGUUAUAAGUUCACAGAGAAACAGAGAUAAAACUCUGUUUUUUAGCUUCAAUUUGAGCAUGGAGGAUGGAAUUGUGCAUGAUGCAAGGGAAGCGUAACAUUUCCUUGUAGAUCAAGUAACAAUAGAGGCAUUGGGUUUGGGCAAUGAGGCUCAAGAUAUUAAAAUGUGGCAGAGGAGCUGGAUAAAGUCACAUAGAAGAACAGCAAAGACCAGAAGAGCUGAAGAGCAACCAAGGAGAUGCGUCUCUUUUUGAUAUUUACUUUGAUUUUUACGCUUUCUGUACAGUGGGAAAGUGGCAAUGAAAUGAUGAAAAAAGUUAUGAAUGCAAUUGGUGAGGAGGGUCGAGAACAAGUAAUCAAUUCUUUGCAUGAAAGCGAUCUUCAAAAAUUAAUGGAUUGUGUAGAAAGUGUGUGUGAAAUGACUGAUUUCACAGACCUCAUGGAGAAGAUGUUAAAUGUUCUUAAGGAGAUACCACAUGGCGAUAAACUGAUAUAUAAAUUGAUGAAGGAACUCUUCAAACAUGGUCGUCUGGCUGAGUUGGUAAAUGGACUGAGUGAGGAAUAUACAUUGGAAAUAAUUAAUAUUUUGGAAGCAAAAGACAUUGGAAAAUUAAUAAAUAUGAAUAUAGGUCAAGGUGAUAGUUCUAAGUCAAUGUCAAUCGGGAAAAAGAUAAUACCUAUUAUCAAGAAAGCUAAAGGUGGCAAAGGAGUGUCUAAACUGAUAAGUAUGUUUAUCGGUGAUGGAAAUGUAAAAGAGAGCUUGAAUGAGGGUGGUGAGUUUGCAGUGAUGGCUCUCCCUUACCAUCAUCCUGUCCCUGGUGGACUCCGUCCUGGGAUGGCUGUAUAUAUUCAAGGCUCAGUGCCCAAAGACAGCAACAGAUUCGGUGUGGACUUUGCCUUUGCAAAGUAUCAAGGGCCCGAUAUCCCCUUCCACUUCAACCCUCGCUUCAGUUGGUGGAAUAAAGUUGUGCUCAACUCAUUUGAGUCUGGCAGAUGGAGAAAGGAAGAGAAACGCAAGAUGCCCUUCCGGAAGGGCGAGCAUUUCAAGGUCAUCUUCAUGGUCACUGAGGCCGGAUACCAGAUCCUGGUGAACAGGAAGCAAUUCUAUGUCUUCAGGCACAGAAUUCCACCACAAAGUGUGCGGUUUAUUAAGGUUUUUGGAGACCUGGAGCUGCAGUCCCUGAAUGUGACGGCAGAACCAAUGAUAGGGAACAUGAUAAUGACCUCUCCUGAAAUCUACCACUUAGCUCUCCCUUAUGAUCAAACUGUCCUUGGUGGGCUCCAUCCUGGGAUGUCUAUAUAUGUGAAUGGCACAGUGCCCGAAGAAAGCGACAGCUUCUCGGUGGACUUUGCCUGUUGCCAGCAUAAGAGGGCUGACAUUCCUCUCCACUUCAACCCUCGCCUUUUUCAGGAGACUCUUGUGCUCAACUCAUAUCAGUCUCACAGGUGGGGAAAGGAAGAGAAACUCCAGAAUCCCUUCCAAAAGGGAGAGCAUUUUGAGAUCAUCUUCAUUGUCAAUGAGGCCGAAUACCAGAUCCUGGUGAACGGGAACCCCUUCUGCAACUAUAGCCACAGAUUUCCACCACAAGGUGUGCAGCUCAUUAGGGUUGAUGGAGACGUGGAUCUGCAGUCCCUGAAUGUGACGGGAGGGCCAAAGAUGGGGAACACAAUAAUGACUUCCCCUGCAAUCUACCACCCACCGGUGCCCUACACAGGCGACAUCCCUGGAGGUCUGGGAGCCGAGAGGACCAUCACAGUGCGAGGCUCUAUUCCGAAGAACGCUAAAAGGUUUGAAAUCAAUUUUAUGGCUGGCCAAGAGAUCCCUCUGCAUAUUAACCUUCGCAUGAAACCGUGGAGAGCCGUAGUACGCAAUAGUUUUUUGAAUGGCAUCUGGGGAAAGGAGGAACGCAACUUGACCUUCAACCCUUUCCAGCCUGGGCUGUAUUUCAAGCUCUCAAUCCACUGUGACAACCAUGAAUUCAAGUUUUAUGCCAACGACCAGCCCUUCUUCAACUACACCCAUCGUUAUGUCCCUAUCAAACACAUCCGCACCAUGGAGAUCGAUGGAGACGUGACCCUUUCCUACAUUAAAUACUAAGCAAUUAGGGGGGGAGAGAAAGAUCAGUAGCAGCAUAGACCCCCCCUUCUUUCUUAGUCUGCCAAUACAUUGAGAAUUCUGUUGAAUUUGAAUGGUCUGCAAGUUCCUAUCUAUCUAUCUAUCUAUCUAUCUAUCUAUCUAUCUAUCUAUCUAUCUGUCUGUCUGUCUGUCUGUCUGUCAAUCAGACACUCAAGAAUAAUAAUAUAAUAUUAAGCAACGUUUUCAAUAAACCGUUUGAUCAAGGAA